CACAGCAACCGUCGCUUAUAAUAUUGUUAUUAAUACAACCAUGAUAGCAAAGUAAACAACUGGAAUGAUGAAAACACAGCGAGAUUAUCCCACUUCAAACUCGGGUUGAGCGUACGAUUAUAUUAUUUUUUGUUUGAGAGUUUUGUUUACCGACUAGUCCCAAUCAGUUUCUCUGUCCCUCCCUUUGAUCGGGUCAGUUUUCCUAAAUCAAACAGGUUUUACUGCUGCCAGCAAAAUGGACGCAGAAGUGAAGGAGAAAAUAACAGGAACAGAGACCUCGCAGAGAGGAAAGUCUGAGGCAGUUGCUGCUCGGACCCACUAAACUGUCCAUGGCACGUGUUCUUUCUCUCUUCCGGCCUCAGCCUUUUCUGGCCCUUGUGGGGAGGAGGAAACCAACGCUGUGUAAAAUGUCAUUGGACUCGCGGGCACGCAAGGUGUUUGCAGCAGCGGUGGAGGCUGUGCAGCCAGACACUGUAGUGCGACAGAGUAUAGAGCGCAAGGACGACUCAUUCAUCAUCGAUGGUCACAAAUUCACACUCAAACACAACCUGCAUUUGGUGGGCUUUGGAAAAGCUGUACUGGGUAUGGCUGCCGAGGCAGAGAGGAUUAUUGGGGAUCACUUGGUGAAGGGGGUCAUAAGCGUUCCACAUGGGAUUCAGCAGACAUUGCAGCAGCAUGGGAAAGACCAUCUGUUGUUAAAAGAAAACAGUCGCAUCAAAGUAAUGGAGGGAGCUAAACACAACCUGCCUGACGCUGACGCCCAGAAGGCAGCUGAAGGAAUCGCCCAGUUAGCCAGCGAACUGACGGAGAAAGACUUGCUGCUUGUACUGAUAUCAGGUGGGGGCUCUGCGCUAUUACCUGCACCCAUCCCUCCAGUCUCGUUGCAAGAGAAAUUUGAGGUUACCCGCAAACUUGCAGCUGCCGGUGCGACCAUUCAGGAGCUGAACACUGUGCGUCGUGCCCUUUCUUUGUUAAAGGGUGGAGGACUCGCACAUUGUGCUCACCCAGCACAGGUGGUUGCACUGAUACUGUCCGACGUGAUUGGAGAUCCACUGGACUUGAUAGCUAGCGGCCCUACAGUUCGGAGCGACGUGUGGCCUGAGGAAGUUCUGUCAGUUCUUGAGCGUUACAAGUUGUUGAACUCUGUACCAGCCUCGGUAAAGGAGGUCCUUGGGAGAUCGAGUCCCCGGUGGGAGGAGAAUAAGGAUGAAAGCGAUAAGGCAGAACAUGUUCGCAAUGUCGUGAUCGGCUCCAACAGCGUUGCCCUCAAGUGUGCAGGUCGCCGGGUACGAGAGCUAGGUUUCCGCCCUGUUGUGCUGUCACCAGGAGUGUGUGGUGAUGUAAGGUCGGUCUCCCGACUUUACGGCCUCCUGGCCCGCUUUGCCUGUUCUCGUGAGGAGCCUCCUCCUGAGAUUGCUGCUGAGGUGCUGAGGCUGGGGCCUGAGGUUGGUGUAGAGAGCUGGGACCUGUGCCGUACCAUGCAGGUCCUGGGUGAGGGGCGAACAGAAGGAUGGGGUGCCACGUGUCUUUUAGCCGGGGGCGAGCCGACUGUGGAGCUGACAGGCAAAGGUCGAGGUGGUCGAAACCAGGAGCUGGCUCUACGAGUGGGACUAGAGCUCAGAGGUCUGGAGCUCCCGCCUAAGGGUCCUGUCUUUCUGAGUGGUGGAACUGAUGGUCAAGAUGGACCGACUGAGGCAGCAGGAGCCAUCACUGAUGGAGGGUUGUAUGAAGAAGCCCAAGCACAGGGGCUGGACAUCAACAACUUCCUUACCAACAAUGAUUCUUUCACUUUUUUCACACGUCUUUCCUCUGGGCAGCGUUUACUUUCACCUGGCUUAACCUGCACCAAUGUGAUGGAUGUGCACAUGCUGCUUAUUCCACCAAUUCCUAUUAACAUAAGAUAAACUCAUUCUCACAACAUGAUGUAAAUCCAGUGGAUCUCGACAAAUAAAGUACUCUAUCUGACUUGA